GAAGGGAACGCACAGUCGAUCUCCCAGAAAAACGCGACGGGCCAAGCGCAACACUUAAAGAAAUUCCGUCAAGUUGUGCACUAUAUAAUUGCCGAAAAAUAUAUAUUCGCAAAAUAUAUCUGUGAACCCAAUUUUUUUGCUGUUACAACACAUAUCAGUGCCUCAAACGAAAACCUACUGAAAAAGCACCCACUACAAAACCAAAAACCAAAAGGCAAGGAGUCGGAAUCGGAGUCGACCCAGACAAAGAAGAUGCUCAAGUGGGCCGUCAACCAGCCACGACCCUCGUACUUGGCGAAGGAUGAGGGGAUGGCCACCAGCGAGGUGGUGGGCUCCAGUUACAGCGAGUUCCACGCCCUGCGGGGCAAGCUGAAGAGGAAGUCCCUUGGCCUGGCCCACGGCAAGGAGAACCAGCUGACCUCCACUCCGCUUCCCGCCUGCUCCUUGACCCUCAACACACGCACGCCGCUGCUCAAGGAUCUGAGCAACAUCCUGGCCACCCCGCCGUCGGGCGGAGCCACUGGUGUGCCCGGAGCAGCAGCCCCCCUCAAGUUCGCCUGCACCCUGCCCACCUUCGAGGCGGAGUACUCGCCCAACGCCACCGUCAUCCCUGGCUCCCUGAUCGCCCUGCGAGGCGUGGGCAUCCCGGACAGCUACUUCGAGAAGCCACGCUACCUGGAGCAGAAGCCACUGCCUCAUCCGCAUCCGCAUCCUGCUCCUGCUGCCCCCGAACAGACCACACUCAGCUCCAGCCAGAUGGGGGAUGUGACCCUGGAGCGCAUGAUCGAUGCCAUCCUGGAGAGCAACCGCAAGCCAGGCACCAAUGCCCGGCAGCACCUCCGCCAGCCCAGGCAGCAUCUGCGCCAGCGGCACAGGCAGCAGGUGCUCCGGAGCAGCCACAACCAGGCACAGGCCCAGGCCCAGACCCACUCGCCCACCUACCGCCCCGCCUUCGAUCCGGCCAGCGAUCUGUGCGAGUACUGGAAGUCGCCCUCGCGGAGGGACUCCCUGCCAGCCGAUGGCUUCGAGGAGCGGGAGGUGCGCUCCCCGCUGCCUUUUCCACUGCCCUCCAACGCCAUCCAAUCCCAGGGCAAGCGGCACUCCCUGCAGCUCCGCAGGCAGCGGGUGGUGCGGCGCAAGCGCAAGAUCACCACCAAGAUCUCCUCCAGCGUCAGGCAGUCGGCGCAGAAGCUGCUGGCCGCGGCCAGGUCGGAAUCCGGAUCCGGAUCCGGAUCCGGGGCAGUGCCCUCCCAGAAGAUCCCUCACAUCAGUCCGGACAGUGGCCACAACUCCACCAGCGACUGUGAACUGGAGGAGGAGCACUGCCGGCUGACCCGAGGAUUGGGUGGCGAGGAGCUGGAGGCCGCCUGCCAGCUGGACGCCAUGUGGCUGCAGGCACAGGCCAGAGACGCCACCAAGAGACGCCUUAGCUUCUCCCUGGCGGACCACAGCUAA